GUAAGACGUUAUUCCUCGGCGGGAUUCGAAGAAGAUCCGAGAGAGGGCGUAUUUGACGCACUGUAACAAGCAUCGAAAAUUUAUUAAAAGUGAAUUUGGUGAUUAACAACUACAUACCGACAGCAUGAGUAGUGAGGAGGGAAGGAUGAGCAGCCGCCGCGUCUCUCCCUCACCGGCCAAGACGACUUCCUCUUCCGCCACCAGCAAAAAGCCUGUAGUAUCAUCCCGGCGCCUGCUGAGGACUCCCAAGUGUGCUCGCUGCAGGAACCAUGGGGUGGUAUCUUGUCUGAAGGGUCACAAGAAGCUGUGCCGCUGGCGAGACUGUCGCUGUGCAAACUGCCUGCUUGUGGUGGAGCGCCAGAGAGUCAUGGCUGCUCAGGUCGCUCUCAGAAGGCAACAAGCGUCUGAGAAUAAGGAUCAAGUACCCGCUACAAUUCCUCGCAGGGGAUCCUCGGAGCUACCGCCGAGUGAAUGUCCUUCAGUGAACUCUCAGCAAGAGUCGCCUGCUACGGUCGCCGCCAGGGCCAAGCUCAAGUCGGCUGAGGCCUUACUGGCACAGAAGAGGCUGUACCAGCGUCACCUCAGGUCCCUACAGCAAUCAGCGCUAGCAAGAGAUCUCAUGACUAAUCUCCGGCAGCGCCUGGGGCGAGAGUGGCGUGUCCCUCCAUACCUCAGCGAGAGACAACGGAAACGGCGGGCUUUUGCUGAUCGCGAUCUAGAAAACGUCAUGUUGCAACGUGAAUCCAUACUAGCUCAGGCCGCCCAGCUGACCACUCAUCCCAACCACAUUCCUCCAGAAUGGGUGGCACAUGUUGCUCUCCUGCCAGUCCAUCUCCAAGAGGCAUUGAGGCUACACCCACAGCCAGCACAAGCGCUUCUGCAGCUGGUCAUUGAGGCUUGUGGGGGUGACAGGGAGAGAGCACUACAAUACCUGGCCACCCCUCCGCCUACAGUCAGCCAGCCGGUCCUUAGUCGCGCCGCCCACGACGUUUGUGGGAGUGUCUCUGGAGGGAUGCAUUUAGUUCACGAGCUUCCAUCACGCUUCCUUCAAUUAUCCUUGGCUGCCGCGGCGUCCACUUCCCCAUCAAUUUCCCUGCCGUCCACCUCCCCGACCACUACGCAUCCUCUCUUUUCAGCUUCAUCUGGCUCAGCAUUUACAGUUGUUGGUCGGGACACAAGCCGAGAAUCGCCCUCUUCAUCAUGCUCCUCACCGCCCACACGUCCUCCUCUCACACCUAGCCCUCAGGAUCAGACAGGUACAGAAAAUCCUUCAUCAGAUCGGUUUAACAGCCAAAAGUUUGAGGCUAAUUUAUCCUUAUCCCCAUCGGGAAGAACUGUGACCUCCACAACUACUGCAACUCUCCCAUGCGAGACUGAGGUGUCGGUUUUUUACCCGGCCAUUUCAUUGCUAAGGAAUCCUGAAUUCUUGCCAACCUCCCCAACUCCUCCCACUCACAAGUCCCCGCCUUCAGCAAUAUUUCCCUCUUCCCAGUGUGUGUUGCCGGGGGAUAACAGUUGCUCACGCACUACUAACCAGUCCCGCCCGCUGCCGGUGUCAAGACACUCUCCGUCAGACCGCUCACAAGCUCACACCACCUGCCCAACACCCAGGAAAGCUGUCAUUUCCUUCUCUGUGGAGUCCAUCAUUGGGAAACCGGUUUAGUCAUAUUUUUUGUUUGUGAAACUCUUAAUGAUUAUGUAAUACCACAUGAAUCGACAGCAUCAACAAGAUUAUGCAAGACCUUCAGCGGUUAAAUAUUUCAUAUUAAGACAAAUAAUUUAAUAUUCUAUAGUAAUAUUAACAUACAUAUGUGAUACAAACGGUUCACAAUAAUUGUGAAUGAACAAAAUACCCGAAUACGGGUGAAAAUAUGACAAGGCUCUCUUUGUAAGGAAACGUGUGUGUGUGUGUGUGUGUGUGUGUGUGUGUGUGUGUGUGUGUGUGUGUGUGUGUGUGUGUGUGUGUGUGUGUGUGUGUGUGUGUGUGUGUGUGUGUGUGUGUGUGUGUAUGUGUGUGUGAGUGUGUGUAUGUGUGUGUGUAUUUGAGUGUGUGCAUUUGAGUACGUGUUUGAAUUUGUUUGUGAGUGUGAGCGUUUCAGUAUGUGUUUGAAUUUGUAUUUGAGUGUGUGUGUUACGUGUGGUUUUCCCAGAACGGCGUUUAGACCAACUUUAAUGCAAAAAUAUUGUUUUUGACACUUUUAAUAUAAGCUUUAAAUAUA